AACCCGUUGAGAAACUCAGGAGUUAACAUGACCAUGGAUAACCCCAACCCCUUUUUUACUCCACCCACCUUCUCAUAUUACCUUAUUGCCCCACCUUAGACCACAGGUCUUGCGCAAACACAAACUGGCCCUGGAUCAGCCAUUGUGAAAUCACACAACGCUUUUACAUGAGGCAAGGGAGGAUCCCUUCCUGUUUUUGAAGAGACUAACUUUAUCUUCUCCCAGGACUUCCACUUCAGUUCAGUGUAAGUGAACAUGUGGACACAGAACAAACAGCACAGCAAACAUGCACACAGAAAAUAGUGCUAAAUUAUUUUUAGGUUGAAAAUCUGACGCAUCGGUCUUACCGCUUUAUUUAUAUUUUUGCAUGAUAACAUUUGUCUGCAUGAGUGAAUGUUGACUCAAUAAUUUCUCAGCAUUUUGUGGAAAGCCUGACAAGACUGACUGACAUCUUCGGCCAGUUGGUUUUCCAAAGCUUGCUUUUGCAAUUUAAGUUUUAAAAUAUAAGAAAGUGUUUUAUGUUUAACACCUCAUGGCCUACUUUUCCAGGUCCCUCUUAACCUGUUAGAUCCACCUCAGACAGCACAGAGCAAAGUUCACCCUGAUCUGCUCACUACCGCAGCAUUGUGCAACAGGUUCAUUCCAGUCCUUACAUGAGGGCCGGCAAAACAGCUGCAGCAUAUUAGACAACAGAAAGCCUCAGGACUCUACACUCAUCAAGGACAUCAGAAUCAACAGACACCUUCAGUAUGGUCCGACGGGUUGCUGUGAUUGGAGCUGGAAGCGGUGGCCUUGUCUCCAUCAAGUGCUGCCUGGAUGAGGGGCUGAAGCCUGUGUGCUUUGAGAGCAGUGAUGACAUUGGAGGACUGUGGAAAUUUAAGGAGGACCCUGAGCCAGAACAUUCCAGCAUCUACCGUUCUCUGGUGUCAAACACCUCCAAGGAGAUGAUGUGCUUCAGUGACUUCCCCAUGCCUGCUGACUACCCCAACUACCUGCACAACUCCCAGCUGCUCCAGUACUACCGGCUUUAUGCACGGCACUUUGAUCUCCUGAAAUAUAUUCAGUUCCAGACCACAGUGAGCAGUGUGAGGCAGACGCCUGACUUCUCUCAUUCAGGUCAGUGGGAGGUGGUGACUGAGAACAGUGAUGGUCAGGAGGAGAGACACGUCUUUGAUGGCGUGCUUGUAUGUUCAGGGCACUACACACACCCUGUCACCCCAAUGGAUGCUUUCAAAGGAGCAGACACAUUCCAAGGGGAAUGUUAUCACAGUUGGAAAUACAAAGACCCGGACCAGUUCCGUGGGAAAAGAGUUGUGGUGGUUGGAAUGGGGAAUUCUGGAUGUGACAUUGCUGUGGAUAUCAGCAGAGCUGCAGAGAAGACAUUCCUAAGUACGAUAAAAGGUGGGUGGGUGUUGGGUCGGAUGUCAGAUAAUGGCCUCCCUCUGGACAUGAUGAUGAUCAAUCGCUGGGGGGUGCUAAUGCAACGGCUGCUGCCAAAGGUGCUGCUAAACUGGGUUACUGAGAGACGGAUCAACAACAAAUAUGACCACAGGCUGUACAGUCUGCAGCCAAAGCACAGGUUCUUUGAGAGGCGUCCCAUCAUAAACGAUGAUCUGCCAGGGCGGAUCCUUUACGGAGCCCUGUCCAUGAAGCCCAACAUGUGCGAGUUCCGAGGGUCAUCCGUGGUGUUUGAGGACCAGUCGGUAGAGGAGAACAUCGACGCGGUUGUGUUCUGCACUGGAUACAGCGCAACGUUCUCCUUCCUGCCCCCCUCCCUGGUCACUGGUCGCCACGGAGAGAUCCGUCUGUACAAGCACAUAUUUCCCCCCUCUCUAGAGCGCCCCACACUGGCUCUGUUGGGUCUUAUACAGACCUCUGGACCAAUCAUGCCAUGCAUGGAGCUGCAGGCUCGUUGGGCCACCAGAGCAAUUGCAGGGUUAAGCCGACUUCCUCCAGAGAAGAAGAUGAAUGAGGUCAUUGAUGCCGAGAUGCAGAUAUACAUGAGAAGUUAUCCCAAGCACGCUUCCGUCCAGGUGCAGUAUAUCCCUUACCUGGAUGACCUGGCACAGGAAGUGGGGGCAAAACCCAAGUUGCUGUCACUGCUCUUUCGGGAUCCCAGCCUGUUUCUGAAAGUUCUGCUGGGUCCAUGCACACCAUACCAGUACCGGUUGUGUGGGCCGGGUCAGUGGAACAGGGCCCACAAAGCCAUCUGUACCCAGUGGGAGCGGGUUGCCCAGCCCAUGAGCACAAGGCCAGUGCCCAAACUGAACCCUUCUCCUAUGCCUUGGUGGUUGCCCCUCUCUGGUGGACUCACGGUGGUGCUGGUAGUCCUGGCAUUUCGGAUCAAACUUCCAGGCCUCCUUGAUAACCUGUCAGAAGCCAUUGGUGGCCUUGGAGGGCUGUUCGAUGAUAUAUGGAAGGAUGGGACAGCAACUUUAGUUUAAGGGACAUGGGAUGUGGUUAAUAGCAAGCAGUGGGGAGCAGCCAAAAUGUUACCGAAUACAGAAAACACCAGGCUGAAUGCAUUAGAUUGGUAAAUAAUGUGGAAAUGUAUAAUAAAUCUGACUCCAUGAAGUUAUUGAAUGACCUCCAAUAUUACCAAGCAGUAUAAGCUAGUGGAACAAUGUAACAGCAUAGCAAAUUAGGAGUUAUAUGAAUGGUUAAUGAAUGAACAGUUUAUUAAAGUAGCACUAUGCAACAAUU